AUGGCCAGUCAGGCAAGGAAGCCGCCCACACCUCUGACGCCCACCUACGAAGAAGCGCUGAACCAAGUGCAUCAGAUUGUCGGAUACCCGGCCAGUACCUUGCCGAUCAAGGACAUCCAAAAGCUCUGCAACACCAAUGACGGUCGUCACUCUCCUGGCGCCGUCGUCGGAAUCUCCAUCUGCGCCAUCGUCUGCUUCGACUGGAUCGCUCGAUACUCUUACCUCGCAUCACCUUUCUGGCUCCAGCACGUGAGACGCUGUCUGGGAAUGCAACCAGCGUCACGAACGCCCAUCUCCCACCUUCCGCUGCCGUCGCACGGUCAUUAUCAUCGUUAUUAUAGUAGCGAUAAUGACAGUCUUAGCAUCGGUGCCGACGAACUUCCGACUCAACACCCUUCCUCUUCCGUGGGAGGAGGAGUCAUCACGCAUCAUCACGCGACCCCAGCGGAUGUACCUCCGGCCAAAUUCAAAGGACACCUUACCUCUUUAUGA